GGUCAUAGGUGAUGCAUGUGAGUACUUCAGGACUUGACGGACUAUGAGGAAGUGAUUUUUAAGUGUUGGGCAUUGAGAAGCCUCACAAAGUCCCACGUCUAUCAAGCAGCUAUAUCAUGUCAAGAAUAAACCAGAAACGUCGAGAUUGUCAUAUCAAUAUCCAAGCAUCACUCUCCUUCUUCCUAACAUUUCUCUUUUCUAUCAAUAUUUUUUUCGUCAACUCUCCUUAAAUAUAUCAAUACCUGGGUACACAGAACCAUUUCCAGAGCAAGGCUGCUAUCUAUCAUGUAUUCCAAUUCGUUUAAUAAAAACUUGAGGACAAGGCAAUACCUUGAUCAAGGUAGACUUCGGCCUAAUCCGACUGCAGCAUUAUCAAUGGGAGGGUUUCCAAUGAAUCGAAUCCGUUCUGACCAAAGCUCGACCAGCACUCAAUCCGGAUCAUCUGGAGACUUAUACUCUCCGAUUCUCAUGAAUCGAGAUUAUUCGGAUCAAGGCUCAACCAGUACCCAAUCUAGACCUUCUAGAGAGUUCUACUCUCCGGCUCCUAGCAGUCCAUCCAUGUCUUUCGAUUUGAACGCCUCGCACUUACCACAAUACUAUGACGGUGGAUAUAAUCAAGAAUACAACAACUACACCACGGCAUCAUACAGCAUAGAGAGGAGCUCAUCAAAUCAAAGUCAUUCUCUCAAAGCAACGCCAACUAGUCUCGGCUGGUCUCCCGAAACUGAACUCCUCAGACUCUACAAGUUGAUAGUACCAAAGGGAAAAGAGCCAUAUCUAGAACUACUUCCGGGAUAUAAAAUUCAUCAGAAUACACCCCAGCAGGUCUUUCUUGACCCAUCUAGUAAUCCUCAAAAAGGCGUCUAUCCUUGUCAAUUCCCAAUCGGCUGUCCAGGCAAGCAAUUCCGAAGACCUGCGGACCUAGAACGACAUUACAGAAAUGUGCACGCGGAUGCCGAUCAGAAGGGCAGUUUUCCCUGCGACUACAAACCCUGUACCCGAUCCAAAGGCCCCUUUACCCGAAAAGACCACUACAGAGACCAUCUCAAAGAUUUCCACAAAGAAGAUAUUGGGACCGCUAAACAACCCAAGAAUACCAAAGAUCCCGAGAAAUUAGAAGCUCUUCAACAAGCUUGGCUCGAAGAACGUCAGAUCGAUCCGAGAUGGUGGAGAUGUAGAAAGUGUCUCCGGAGAGUUUAUGUGGAUACGAAUGGAUAUAAAUGCGUCACUUGCAACGAGGAAUGUGCACAAGAGAGAAUAGAAGCGAGGGAGCAGAAGAAACGAGGCGGGGAUAGAGAUAGAAUAUACCGCUCGGAUGAGACAAUGGAUAUGAUGUAUGCGGCCCAGUGCACAAGUUGUAACGGGAGCAAUUGGAUCUCGGAUGGGGGGUUUGGAGAGGAACAUUCGGUGCCCUGUCCGAUUUGUGUGCCGAGUGAGGAGAUUAACUAUGAGGAUGUGGAGUGGCGCGAGGAUGCGAGGUUUAAGUCUGAGUACGAAAAUUCGUAUUAGGAAAUCCGGGCUGGCUUUAGGGAGGGAGAAUGGUGAAGCGUUAUGAUGUGACGAGUUUAAUGCGGUAUGAGAAAAGAGCAGUAACUUUUGAAAAAAAAGACAUAUUCAUCUACUGGCGCUAGGCAUUGGAGUUGGGCGCGGAUCAAACUGGGUGGUGUUUAAAGGUAGACAGACGGCUGGUUGGUUACUUGCUUGAUUGGGAUUUGAUGCUGGGAUCGGUACUUUUCGUGUUGCUUUAUUAAUUAUUCUGUUAACUAUUCCUUUCUAUACAAUAUCUUUUCAUUUUCAUUUUUCCCAAUAGCCUAUUCGUCCAUUUGAAACCAGGGUCUUUACUUCAUCGCCCUAUUUUUCAAAAGGAGCAAAAACAAAAAAGCUAUCAAAUUGUUUUGUGUCAAUUUUCGACAGCAUAACAAUAAUGCUUGCUUCACGUUUCUUUCUUUCUUUCUUUCUCUCUUUCUCUUUCCUCGUUUUUACUCCCCACUCUGUCUACUCAUUCUCAUUCUCAUUCUCAUUCUCAUCCAUAUCCUCAAACCUCAUCUCUCUUGUCGCCUCUUUCCCUUCUCUCCCCUUCUCUACAAACCAUCUCCAUUUUCAAACUAGCAUAGAUAUAAGGUUAUAUACACCCUCUUCAUCAAAUCACCAAAUCACCAAAUCACCAGAAAAAACAAAACCCAUCUUACCAUCUUACUAUCUGACUAUCAAAAAGAUGCGCAGCGCGGGAGUUUUAGGAGAAGAUGAUGAUAAUGAUGAUAACAGUGGUGUUUUGAUCGGUGUUGGAGUUGGAGUUGGAGUUGGAGUUGGAGUUCGCAUUGGGGUUAGCAUUUAGAAUUAAAAUUAGAAUGUGAUUUAGAUUGAGGUUGGGACUGGGAGUGAACGAAAACAUAUCACAUCACAUCAUAACAACAACAACAACAAUAAAUGUCAAUUUCCUUCCUA